AUGGAGGAAGGAAGGCUGGAUGAGGUCCACAAGGUCCACAAGGACAUGGAGGCCCUGGCCCUGCAGAAGCUCGCGGAGAUGGAACAUGCCGGCAACCUCAGCGAUUACAACCUGACGCGCGAGGACUUCGGCUUGAGCAACACCACGAUGACUCUCCUUCACUCCGUGCUCACGGAGAUGCAGAGCUUGCUCGCGCAGAUCAACGCCUCCCACCUCGCAGACGAGCAGCUGCUCCUUGACCUUGCGGAGGGCUUCGCUCAAUGCAACAGCGAUUUGUCGUCUCGACAGCUUCAAAGCCAGAACCUGAGCACCCUUGUGAGCGGCGCCAGCAACUCCCACGACGCCUGCCGCACCACAGAGCAGACCUUGUCGGGCCAGAACGGAACCGACUGGCUAACCUACCUUAACAAGGGCAACGAAGCGCUGCCCCAAGACGUGAAGGACUGCAUGCAGGCCUACCUGGACGGCUACAACCCGCAGACGGCCGAGCAUCUGCAGGUCAUGAUCGAUUGCGCAGCCACCAUCAGUAGCUUCUUUGCCAGCUUCGAACCUAGCAUGGUCACCCUGAAAGAUACCUACUUCAGCAGCCUCCAUGCGGUGAACAACCGAAGCGAGGAGUGCCGGGUGGAGCAGUCCACCUUGGAGAGCCACUUCUGUGAGUACCGACAGCAGCUGACGGACAGCUGCGAUGCCAUCGACACGUGCUAUCAAAAUGUCAACCAGACGUGGCUGCAGUUGCUAGCCACCAUUGCUGCUUCGGACUCACGCCGUGAGGCUUCCUACACUGCCGCCAAGAAGGUCAUCUGCUACAUUCAGCUGCUCCAGAGCAACCUCACCCAAGCUGCUGUGCAGGCGUGCCAGGACCUGGUCGUCGACACUUCCGGCCUGGCAGUCCACAUCCCUGACCCCGCGGCAAAGCAAGUUUGCGACAGCUCGCCAGUGGCCGACUUCCCCUGUGAGACCGCCUGGGUGCAGAGCGAGUAUUUGGAUAAGAGCUGGUACACCGGCAACCCGGAGAUCGCCCCCGACACCUGCAUCAGUUGCGCGGCAAGGACGUCCACCACAACGACGACUGCCCCUCAAGCAUUGGCCAACCUCGCAGCCUUUGAGAGAGGCACCUGCGCCAUCGUGGAGAGCGCCAACGUGGACCUUGGACAGGGCCGCACCGCAACGGCUUUGGCUUCUCAGGCUUCAGGCAAUCACGUUUGUGCUCUGCUUGACAACGAGGAGACAAAGUGUUGGGGCGACAACAGGCGGGGGCAGCUUGGCUUGGGCGACGACGCUAACAGAGGCACAGGUUGGCCUGUGACAGGCAUGGGGGAUGUGCUGCCUGCGGUGGAUGUAGGUUCCAAUCGCAAAGUCGUGAAACUGAUGGCCGGGAACCAUUUCACCUGUGCCAUCUUGGACGAUCAGUCCGUUAAAUGUUGGGGCUUCAGUGAUGCCGGACAGCUCGGCUUUUCACCCAAUGCUGUGAGCGGCGGCUACGGAAACAACAAUGACGAGGCCGGGGAUGCUCCGGACGAGAUGGGUGACAACUUGCCUACUGUGGACCUGGCGGGCAACCCUGCACUUGACGGCGAUGCUGGCACUCAGAGUGCAUGUGCCAUUGUCCAACACCCAACAGAUGGCCGGCAACUGACGUGUUGGGGGCGGAAUUGGGAAGGCCAACUUGGCCGCGGCAGCGUAAUCGGUGACACCAAGUCUGCACCAACGUACGUGCCAAUCGAUCUGGGUACCGACCUCCACGCAGUGCAAGUGUCAGUUGGCUAUCGUUCCGCGUGUGCUUUGCUCAACACUGGUGCAGCCAGCCGGCCCUUCUUAGUCAAGUGUUGGGGCGUCAAUGACUUCGGGCAGCCAGAGGACAUGGGUGAUGGCUUGCCGGUCGUCGAUUUGGGCACCAAUGCAGGCACCCCACGGAAGGCCAUCUACAUCGCGCAUGGCGGGUGGCAUGUGUGUGCCAUUCUCGAGGGCGGAGGUCUCAAAUGCUGGGGCUGGAACAAUUUGGGCCUUGCCCAUCCUCAACUUUGGCCUUCACAAUAUAAAAUUGGCGACGGCCCCGGCGAGAUGGGCGACAACCUUCCAUUUAUCGACCUAGGGGUGGGCCGGACAGCUGUGAAGGUGGCUGCUGGAAGGGACCACACAUGCGCACGCUUGGAUGAUGACACGUUCAAGUGCUGGAGCGGAUUCGUCAACCGAUUCUUUUGGCAGAGCUUAAACGACUACGAUCUUUGA